AUGGCGAAUACACGAGCAAAGCCCCGGGUGAUUCUGGGCACGAUGACCUUUGGCCCCGACACAUCAACCGGUGCUCGGGUCACUUCUCUGGAUACCUACAACUCCAUCCUAGACUACUUCCAAUCGCAGGGGAACAACGAGAUCGACACCGCACGCUGCUACGUUGGCGGACAGCAAGAAGCAUUCACCCGCCUCGCACGGUGGAAGGAGCGCGGCCUCAGCUGCGCAACAAAAUGGUAUCCCUACGGAGCCGACGAUGGGAAGACCGGGGCCCAUAGAGCGGAUAGGGUCGAGGAGAUGUUGAACAAGUCUCUGUCGGAAUUAGGGACCGACUGCGUUGACAUUUUCUACCUGCACGCUCCCGAUCGGACGACGCCAUUCCAAGAGCCGCUGAGGAAGCUCGAUGAACUGCAUAAGCAGGGCAAAUUCGUUCAGCUGGGUUUAUCAAACUAUACUGCGUAUGAGGUUGCAGAGAUUGUGAUGUUGUGUCGAGUCAAUGGAUGGGUGCAGCCAACGAUCUUCCAAUGUAUGUACAACGCCAUCACCCGCACCAUCGAGCCGGAACUGGUCGCUGCGUGUCGACGGUACAGUCUGGAUAUAGUCGUCUACAAUCCUCUCGCCGGGGGUCUCUUUUCCGGCAAAUACACCUCCCUCUCAACCACCUCUGUACCCAGCGAAGGCCGAUAUUCCAACGUCGACGGGGAGGUCGGGGAUCUAUAUCGCAAGCGCUACUUCAAAGAUGCUACAUUCGAGGCUCUACGCAUCGUCGAACCAGUCGCUAAACAGCACGGACUGAGCUUACUUGAAACUGCUGUGCGCUGGCUAACUCACCAUUCCGCACUUAGUAUCAAGGACGGGGGCAAUGACGGUAUCAUUAUCGGUGUCUCAAGUCAGACGCAGCUGGAGCAGAACCUUGAGAACAUUGAAAAAGGACCGUUACCGGAAGACGUCGUCAAGGCGUUGGAUGAGGCGUGGCUGGUCUGUAAACCUACGGCUGCGGACUAUUGGCAUAACGAGUUGGUGUAUGACUAUGAUGUAAAGGACGCAUUGGCCAAUAUCAUAACUUAA